CGUAUCACUCGACUCGAAGAGCUCUCGCGCUUGCUCGAUCAAACCUUCCUGCCCUGCUUUCUCCUCUGUUUCCUCGAGACCAAGGAAGAAGAAGCCGACCGACCAUGGUGGUUCUUGCCAAGGGCGAGCUCGAGCAGAUAGCGCUGCCGGCGGCGCAGCCGCCGCUGGCCCACGUCCGGGCGAUCGACCUGUCCGCCGCCCCGGGGCCCGGCCGCGCGGCCGCGGCGCGCGCGCUGGUGUCCGCGUGCGAGGAGCAGGGCUUCUUCAAGGUGACCGGCCACGGGGUGCCGCCGGAGCUCGUGCGCGCCGCGGAGGCGGCCGCGGCGGAGUUCUUCGCGCUGCCGCAGGCCGAGAAGGAGGCCGCCGCGGGCCGGCCGCUCGGGUACGGCAGCAAGCGGAUCGGCGUCUCCGGCGACCUCGGGUGGAUCGAGUACGUCAUGCUGGGGGUCACCCCCGCCGGCGCGCUGCCCGCCGCCUCCUUCACGUCCUGGACAUUGCCGUGCGCGGGCGCCGCCGUGGCGUCACUGUCCGAGCCCCCCUGCCCCUUGCGGGAUCUUCUGGAGGAGUACGCGGCGGCGGUGCGGCGGAUGGCGUGCGGCGUGCUGGAGCUGAUGGCGGAGGGGCUGGGGGUCGCGCCGGCGGACGCGCUGUCGCGGCUGGUGUCGGACGCGGAGAGCGACAGCAUGGUCCGGGUGAACCACUACCCGCCGCGGCCGGAGCUGCAGGGCCGCCUCCUGACGGGGUUCGGCGAGCACACGGACCCGCAGGUCAUCUCCGUGCUCCGCUCCAACGGCACGUCCGGGCUGGAGAUCUGCGCGCGCGACGGCUCCUGGACCGCCGUGCCGCCCGACGCCGACUCCUUCUUCGUCAACGUCGGCGACGCCCUGCAGGUGUUGACGAACGGGAGGUUCAGGAGCGUGAGGCACAGGGUGGUGGUGAGCAGCGAGAGGCCGAGGGUGUCCACGAUCUUCUUCGGGGGCCCGCCGUUCGGCGAGAGGCUGGCGCCGCUGCGCCAGCUGCUAGGGGACGGCGGCCGGAGCCGCUACAGGGAGUUCACCUGGAAGGAGUACAAGAGCAGCACCCACAAGGGCAGGCUCGCCACCGACCGCCUCUGCAGCUUCGAGAACUAGCCAGCGACCAGCCGCCUGACAGAGACUAGCUUCCGUGCGUUACGUAUAUACUGCAGGCUAUAUACUUAUGUGUGUGUGUGUGUGUGUGGUCAUGGUCAUAGUUAACUAAUGAAGCCCCGGAUAUUCAAAACGCUCCCGUGCACACGUGCUCUCGCUAUCUCGGCCUCUUUGUCGUUGAGAAUGAGACCACCUCUUGUAGCCGGCCCGUAUCUCACAAUAAAUACGUGAUAUUCCUAUUUGAA